CCGGUUUAUUUCGCACCUCACGCCUGCGAACCAGUGACGUUUGACGUCUUAGACACAGACUUCGAUAUUAUUUUGGAUGCCUUGGCUUGCAAGUGCGGAUCACACGGUUAACUUCCAUCAGCGGACACUUACCGUUCGCGACGCCUUCGGCGCCGAGGUGUCGUGUACCAUUCCUCUUCCGCACUCCUCGAUCCGGUGCCAAGUUGUAACGACCAAGUCUUUUCGGGCCACUUGCGCUUACGAGCGGACCGACGAGAUAGGCCUAUGCUUUCUACGAGCCGCCGCGACGACCGAAUCUUCACCUACGGACUUGUCUUUGGACCCCCGAGUGGUGCGGCUGCUCGACGAGUUCACCGACAUCUUCGAGUCUCCUAGCGGUGUGGUGCCGGAUCGGCCGGUCUCCCACGAUAUCAUUCUUGAGGCCGGUGUCGUGCCGCCCAAAGGAUGCAUCUAUCACAUGAGCGAGGAAGAGCUUGAGGUUCUCCGCGCUCAACUCAACGAUCUUUUGGACAAAGGCUGGAUCCGCCCUAGUAGCUCACCAUACGGUGCGCCAGUUCUCUUCGUACGGAAGAAGGACAAGGAUCUUCGCUUGUGCAUCGACUACUGUAAGCUCAACGCACAAACCGUCAAGAAUGCGGGACCUCUUCCGCGGAGUGACGACCUUCUCGAGCGUUUGGGCGGCACAAAAUUCUUCUCAAAGUUGGACUUGAAGUCGGGCUACCAUCAAAUCUCAAUACGCCCGCAAGAUUGGUACAAAUCCGCGUUCAAGACGCGGUACGGGCAUUUUGAGUGGAUUGUUAUGCCUUUUGGCCUCACCAAUGCCCCGACGACCUUUCAAGCAGCAAUGACCAACGAGUUUCGUGCGAUGCUGGACCGGUUCGUACUAGUCUACUUAGACGACAUCCUCGUCUAUAGUCGGACAUUGGAGGAUCAUCUUGAGCACCUUCGACGAAUGUUGGAGACGCUCCGCCGCGCCAAGUACAAAGCCAACCGCAACAAGUGCGAAUUUGUAUGGCAAGAGCUGGAAUACUUGAGCCAUUUUGUCACACCGAAGGGCAUCAGUCCAUUGUCAGACAAGAUUCAAGCCAUCCAAGAGUGGCCGGAGCCGAAGACCGUCACAAAUUUCCAUUCCUUCCUUGGCUUAGCCAGCUACUAUCAACGCUUCAUCAAGAGAGACUCGAAGAUCGCGGCUCCUUUAUCCAAGCUUCAAUGCGAGGACCGGCCAUUCGUCUUCGACGACAAUGCGCGGACUUCCUUUUUGGCUCUCAAAGCCACAUUGCUAUCCGCGGAGGUGUUGCACAUCUACGAUCCGCUUUUGCCGACACGUGUCACUACCGAUGCGUCCGGCUAUGGCAUUGGUGUCGUCCUCGAGCAACAUAACGGUGUGGACUGGCACCCGAUCGAGUACUUUAGCAAGAAAGUGUCCGUCGUGCACUCGAUUGACGAUGCACGGAAGAAGGAAUUAUUGGCCUUCGUUCAUGCGCUAAAGCGCUGGCAGCAUUUUGUUCUCGGACGAUGGCAGUUCCGAUGGGUAACGAGUAAUAAUCCAUUGGUCUUCUACAAGACCCAAGACACGGUCAAUAGCACCAUUGCCCGUUGGAUGACCUUCAUUGACCAGUUUGACUUUUUCCCCGACCACAUUCCGGGCAAGUCAAACCGUUUUGCGGAUGCUCUUUCAUGGUGUCCGGACCAUUGUACCACAGUCUACUCGACUUUUGAGAUUAACGGCGACUUGCGGGACAGCUUCAUCCGCGGUUACCAAGUCGACCCCGAGUUUUGCGACAAGUACGCAAAUUGCUCCUCUCCUAAUCCGGCGCCAUCGCACUAUUGGAUCCAAGAGGGGUACUUGCUCGUUCACUUGCGAGGGAAGGAUCUUCUUUGUGUGCCACGAGAUUUACACUUACGCACACGGCUUCUUGGCGAGUUCCACGCGCUCCCGCCACCGGACACUUUGGCAUCAAUCGUACGAUUGGCCGACUCCGCGAGCGCUUUUGGUGGCCCGGUCUUCUCGACGACGUCACACGCUAUUGCGAGUCAUGCGAGGUUUGCCGRCRYUGCAAAUCCYGCAAUCAUCGUCCGUACGGCGAGUUGCGACCGUUACCGGUCCCCUUGCGGCGAAGGGAAACGAUUGCCAUGGACAUUACCGGCCCGUUCCCCAAGCACAAGACCGGAGUGGAUGGGAUUCUCACGGUGGUCGACCGACUCACCAAGUUCGCUAUGUUUUUGCCUUGCCGCUGUCAUGCGAAGGCGCCGGAGUUAGCCGAGGUUCUUUACGCCGGUUGGAUUCGA